UGGGGGUCUGAUGCAUGUGAAAUAGUAAGACACCAAUAAAGAGUAAAGCUAAAGAGGAGAUGACUGCAGAGUCUCCAGACUGAACGAAACACUGCAGAGGAGAAAAACCCACCAGAACAGAACAGAACAGAUCUGCACUGUAGUGGGACUCCUCUCCCCUGGAAUAGGUGAAGCACAUCAUGCCUGCUGUUUCCAGGCGCAUUUAUCAGAGAAGGGAUGAGGGAGGAGGAGUAUAAGAGAGCGCUACGAGGAGGAAAAGGGGGGUUGUUGCCUGCUAACGUAGACAGAGAUGGAGUGAGGCUACGAGGAAGAACAAGGGCUGGGUGGUGAGAGAGCACUGAGCAAUGGUUGUUCACAGGACUAGGAUCUCCGUACAACCAUGAGCAGGAAAGGAUGUAGAGAGUGAAGGUUGAAGGAGAGCCGGAGGAGAGAGAGGCAGAAAGCGAGAAGACAGAGGAGGAGGGAGGGCUGCAAGGUGAUGAAACCCAGAAAAAAAUCUUCACCGCACAAUCCUUCAUCCUGGUGGUAUGCUGCAGCAAUGAUUUGAGGCUUUGGACUAUGCUGACAAUAAGCCAGAGGGACAACACGGGACAGCAGGUCUGCAACACGCUGCUUUGGUUCAGCCUCAGUGGAAGCAGCCGCAGGACGCUGAUUUAUUACAGGGGGGCUGGUGGUGUGUUUGUGUGCAGCUCUGAUUGUGUGUGAAGGCCGGCCUUUAUUGGUGCGUUAGAGAUGUUUGAGGUUCUUCAGCAGGUAGAAGCUGUGUUGUACGCUGGUGUGCAUCUCCAGUUCUCGGUAUGAAGUGAGGAAGGAUAUAAUUGAGCUGCCACCGGGUGAAAGAGCGCGUCUGGCUGCAGCUGUUUAUGAAUCGGCUGAAGGAGGGAUCAGUUAUAUGCAUAGGGGGUUUAUGUCAAAGUAGCUGGGGUGUAGCAAAGGUAGAAAUUCUAUGCAAAAAUGCAAGAAGGAGCACGGAGCAGCAGUGACAGCAGGUGCAGUGCAGGUGAGUGCAAGUAGUGCCUGGGGGUAACGUAGAGGGCAAGUGCAACAAAAGAGGAGGGUGGAGAAAAGUGCAAGCAGGCGAGAUUAGGCAAAAGGGUGAUCAUGGCUGUCAUGCAGUGAGCUAUAGCAUAUGCUGUAACGCAGUACAGAGUGGUGCAGCGAGGAGAGGACAAGCAUCACUGCAGAAGAGGAGGGGGAGACACGAGGUACAAGAGGAGGGGGAGGUAAUUAGCUCUUCCCCUCUGCCCACAACCACCAAGAGCAGCGCAACCAUCUCACCCACUCACUCACUUAUUCACAAAGGCAAGGAUGCAGGAUGAUGAGUGGCCACAUCAUCGUGUAGAGGUCAAGAGGGAACCGCUGUUCGACAGGGUGGAGGGCGGCGCUGGUUUGCUUCAGCUGGCUGCUGGGUUCUCCUAAGAACACGGCUGCUGGCUGGAAGGAAAAGGCAGAAGUAGGUAGAGACAAAGGAAGUGGCUUCUUCAGUGCUGUUUUUCUGAGAGCUCUGUCACCUCUCCAUCACCAUGGGAGAAUGGACCAUUUUGGAGAGGCUGCUGGAGGCAGCGGUCCAGCAGCAUUCUACCAUGAUUGGAAGGUGGCCAGAAAAAGGAGACGAAAGAGAUGUCCGUGUUGCUCUGUUUCUGCUGGAUAUGAUCUUGCUGACUGUGGUGGUGAUUUUCCGUAUACUAAUUGUAGGCAUAGUAGGCGAGAAGGUGUAUGAGGAUGAGCAAAUCAUGUUCAUCUGCAACACCAUGCAGCCUGGCUGCAACCAGGCCUGCUAUGACAAGGCCUUCCCAAUUUCGCACAUUCGCUACUGGGUCUUCCAGAUCAUCCUGGUCUGCACCCCGAGCCUGUGCUUCAUUACAUAUUCAGUCCACCAGUCUGCAAAGGCUCGUGACCGAAGUUAUUCCCUCCUCCAUUCCCACACGGACCACGGAGGCCACGGUCACCACAGUAGACAUCAUGACCAUCACGGUCGCAAGCUUCAAGCGCGCAACAUUAACGGCAUCCUUGUUCACUCUGAAAGUAAGGAGGAUCACGACUGCCUGGAGGUCAAGGAGAUUCCAAAUGGACCUCGAGGACUCCCACCGACACACAAAAGUGCAAAAGUGCGGCGACAAGAAGGUAUCUCGCGUUUCUACGUAAUCCAGGUUGUGUUCCGCAACGCACUAGAGAUUGGCUUCUUGGCGGGCCAGUACUUCCUCUACGGUUUUAACGUGCCAGGAAUGUUUGAGUGCGAUCGCUACCCGUGCGUGAAGGAAGUGGAAUGUUACGUGUCUCGUCCCACAGAAAAGACAGUCUUUCUGGUCUUUAUGUUUGCAGUAAGUGGCAUAUGUGUGGUGCUAAACCUCGCCGAGCUCAACCACCUCGGCUGGAGAAAGAUCAAAACAGCCAUGAGGGGGGUGCAAGCUCGAAGGAAGUCCAUUUGUGAAGUGCGUAAGAAGGAUGUUUCGCACCUGUCACAGGCUCCCAACCUGGGCAGGACCCAGUCUAGUGAGUCAGCCUACGUCUGACAGAACCUUUACUGUGUGGUUCCCUGAGAACAUCCUUUGUUUGGAGGAGAGAUUUUACCUGACCCAGGACGUCCAAUGAUUAGCAAACAAAAGAGUAUGACACCGCAAAGACAUAUUUCACUCUCAAGUGAAAAUGACGCAUGAAGUAACAACGCUGUUGCUUGAACAAAGACUGCCCUUCGAGCUGACAUGCCGGAGAGCUGGGCUCUGCCUAAGGGCGAAAUUAUGCAUUUGCAGAAGAGACACCGAGCAAAGAUUUGAUCUGUGGCUGAAUUAUUAUUUAUUAUUAUUAUUAUUUUACUCAACUAUGGGCUGGUAAUAAUGUCCUGGUUUACAUAUGCAAGAGCUUAAGCAUAUGCAUGCAUAUGCAUGUGAUUAGGAAAAAAGCAAUUUAGGAAUUUGACACAAAGAAGAAUGAGCUCCUUAGAAAAAGAUAAUGCCAUUUCUCUUUAAGUUAAGGCACUUGGUAGACCAGUUUACUUUGUUAAUGCAUAAUGUCUACAGCAACAAAAAAAAAAUGUUGACAAACAAGUCUGAAUCUUAUUGACACUUUCCUUCACAUUGUAUGUAGCAGUAAGUGCUAGUUAGAAUACAGACUGACAUUAAGGUUUACUUGAAAUGAAAAAGCCGGGUUGUUGUCACGAUGAUGUCAUGCACUACCUGAGAGCCGUGCUCCUCAUGAAAGUGCCGGCUCGUGUUUCCACUCUGGCUUGUUAAGCAGAAUUAAGAGUUGAAAUUAAAUUUAAUUAAGAAUUUUCAAUUUUGUGUUAUCAGAAGAGUGUUAUAGUUAAAAAAAAUAUUUCACUGGUACCAAACAAAGAUUUGGUACCAGUUUUAUGUUUAAAGUAACUGUAUAUAAAUUAAACAUAGUAGGUAUAUGUAGCCUUUUCUCUGUGUACUGUGGACAGGCUUCACGUGGAUGGCGGGGACAGGAAUCGGGUGAAAAUUCUGGAUUUUCAGCUUUAACCAUAUGUAUUAUCAAUGAACCUUUUGUUAACCCUUCACCAUCUGAUGGACAUGUGUUACUGAAGGUCGUUGCCCACCGGACUUUGACGAAAGCAUGUUACUCAAAUGAUAACAAUAAUAGAAUAGUAAAGUAGGAAUUGUAUUAAGAGGAGAUUUUUAUUUAUUUGCAUUGUGCUCCUGUAAAAUGUAACACUUAGCAUGCAUGGAAAUAAACCUUAAGAGAAUAGAGCCCCUUGUGGGAAAAUUCAGAGGUGGAGUUCUAUAAGGUUCCAUUACUGGUGCAAUAAUAACAGUAAUAAUAACCCAAUAAAAGUAUUUAACUAUAUGGAACUAUAUGUGACCAUAAUAUGUGAAUAAAUUAUUAUGCCAUUAACAAUUAUGGCUGUGCUGUGUUAACAAAAUAUUUUGCUCACUGGCACUAAAUGUAUAUAGAGAUAAAUCAGGGGAUGUUGAUCAGUACUGGCUUGGGACUAGGGACAUCAUCAAGAGUUUUUGAACCAAUGAGAACAUUAGGAUGGACCUAAGACUGAUGCAGCACUGGAAACGGAACGGAAAACAACAGACAAGGACAGAGUGAAAGCUAUGAAACUUCAUCAAACAUUUUAUUUUCAAUCUCUUCCAGAAAGUGGAGUUAAUAAAACCACAUGUUGAAAAACCA